AUGUAUAUAUAUGUCUCUUAUGUGGCUAAAAAUCGCAUAGGAAUAGUCUCAUCGUUGAGUGGACCUUUCGAGGAAGCUGUAAUUGCUUAUCUAUUUCUGGUAAAUAUUCUACCACUACUGCUGAUUCCAAUACUCUGGUGGGAGGCGCGUAAGAUCGCCAUACUGUGGAACGAUUGGGAUGACUUUGAGAUUUUAUACUAUCAAAUAUCGGGUCAUAGCUUACCAUUGAAUUUGUUUCGAAAAACUACAAUUAUUGCGAUAGUUUUGCCAGUAUUAUCUAUUAUAUCGGUUGUUAUAACUCACAUAACGAUGGCAGAUUUUCUAUUCGUGCAAGUAAUACCUUACUGCAUCUUAGACAACUUGACCGCCAUGUUGGGUGCUUGGUGGUUCAUUAUUUGUGAUUGUCUCAGUACGACAGCAAAUAUUCUAGGCGAGCGUUUUCAAAGGGCACUUCGUCACAUUGGCCCCGCCGCUAUGGUCGCCGAUUAUCGCGCAUUGUGGUUACGUCUGAGCAAAUUGACACGCGAUACCGGCAAUGCUACCUGCUACACCUUCACAUUCCUCAAUCUAUAUCUUUUCUUUGUUAUCACUUUGUCGGUUUAUGGUCUUAUGUCUCAACUUUCUGAAGGUUUCGGUAUUAAGGACAUUGGUUUGGCCAUUACCGCCAUUUGGAAUGUAUUCCUACUCUUCUAUAUUUGUGAUAAGGCUCAUUAUGCCUCCUUCAAUGUACGUACGAAUUUUCAGAAAAAAUUACUAAUGGUCGAAUUGAAUUGGAUGAACUCAGAUGCACAAACGGAAAUCAAUAUGUUUAUACGCGCUACUGAAAUGAAUCCGUCGAAUAUCAAUUGUGGCGGAUUUUUCGAUGUAAAUCGGAAUCUUUUCAAAGGGUUGCUUACCACAAUGGUCACUUAUCUGGUUGUGUUGCUCCAGUUCCAGAUCAGUAUACCCAGUGACUCGGGUAAGCAUACGAAUGUUUCAAUGGCUGAGCUAGUAACUGACGCGAUUAUGGAAACUACCGAAGCAACUAGCAUGACACCCUUAACGACAACUACAACGACUAAGGCACCACCACCCGCACGAGGAAGGAAGGGAUAAGGAUAAGGAUAAGGAGAAAAGUGUUUUUUUUAGUGGAAAUUGAAAAUUUUGUAUUUGAGCAAACACACAAAUGUUUCAUAUACAUAAACAUUAUAUUUCAUAUUAAAGUAGAAAUGUUGAACAUUUCGAAACUACGAAAAUAAAAGGGGUUGUUGGAUAACUCAAAUUUCGUUAGCUUAAAUAAACGGAUUUUUUUUAAGGGUAA